UCAUCAGUUUUUUUUUCUUUUUUUUUCUUUUUUUUUUACUUUAACCGCUGAUCUCUCAUUUCUUUACGUCUUCUAAUACGUAUUUGUAAAUUUACUUCAUGUUUUAUUAUCGCUUAAUAUCAAAACGACGGAGUUAACUAAUAAAGAUGACGCAUAGAAUUAUUUCGAAGGAUCAUCAGUUUUAGAUUUUUUUAUUCGGGAUCAUCAAUGUCCUCAUUUUCAAAUGGAAUUUAUAUGAUAUCAUAGAAUAUGACUCUGGAACUCUGUGGCUCGUAUUAUUACGAAAUAAAAUCGUCGUUAGUAAAACGUGACAAAAUAUAUACUUUAAAACGUUUCAAAUUAUUCAUUAAUAAGUUAAAGAAAACUUUUCCUUUCUGUAUAUAUUCUACGUGAAAAAUUUCUUUUUAAAUUUCCUUAAACGUUCCUUAUGAAACAUAAUAUUUACUUUCUUCAAUUUAUUACAGAACUAUCGAUACUCGACGAGGAAGUAUGUAUAUAACGAUAAAACAUCGUUCGACGGCAAUUUAUUAUAUAGCAGGAAGUUUUUUAAUUCGUCAAAUGAAAAAUCUUAAACGAGGUGGGAAAAAUUGAAAAAUAAAGAGGACGUUCUGAUUCGACGCAUAUUUUCAGAUAAAAAUAUCUUCUUCAUAGUCGAUGGAAAUACAAGAUCUGAUUUAUACGAUUAUCAACGAAUAUUGCGGAAAUAUCGUUCGCUUGUUUAAAAUCACCCAAUGUAGAAUGACAUGUCAUCGCCAACGAGUUAACGUCCAACGAACGACCUUGAAGGCCUGGCGAUCAUUUGAUAGAAGACAUAAAACUAUACCCAACCGCUAUCGUUUAUCAGCUUUUUUUUUGGAUUGAAAUUUCCCUCAACGGAUCAUCAUGUGGUCCCUCAAAUUGGUAGUAAUCCUGACGACGAUCGUCUUCGUCACGAUUUAUGCCAAAGAGGAAACGACCAAGAAUCGGGACAAGAGACAACAGAUACCUUAUCAUGCUAGAAGGGGUGCUAGACCACCACCUUAUGCCGUUCAAAUGGAACCAAUCGUUCAAUAUUCUCAACGAGAUCCUCUUUAUAAUCCUUUGAUAAAUUCUAAGAGCGACGAUCUUGGUAUAUACGAAGAAAAUCCAUCGAGUUAUUACCAAUCGGAGCCAGAGCCAAUUAUUGAGAUUAUCAUUAAGGAAUCUAACGAAUCCUUACCAACUCCUGUACCACCUCCGACUCCACCGCCUUCGAGACCAACGAAAGAACCAAUACAAGUUUAUUACGUAAAGUAUGAAAAGAAAGGAGGCUAUGGAGAGAAAUCUCGAGUCGUAUACGAUCCACCCGUACGUGCUUUGACACCGGUAGAAGAACACGAAGAAAUUAAAUCCAAGCAUCAUAAGGAAGAACCUAUCCAACCGGUAACACCAUCACCUCCAGAACCAUCGACCACUUUAAGAGCUAUCAUUCGACCAGAUAGCGAGACUUAUCAUUCCGGUGGUAGCGGAAUUCGUGUUACCUUUGGAACGGAACAAUUACCACCUAAUAAUCAUAACAAACGUAAUGACAUUGAAACGCCAGUUUCUACUCAAAGUACAAAGCCUCAUUCUCUUGGUUCUGUUGCACCUGGUACACCUAAAAGACAGCAUGGUCCUUAUCAGCCUUUACAACCUGUACAGCAAAGAGUACCACCUGCAUUUCCACAGCAAAGAGUCGUUAAUUCUUUUCAACCACCGCUAUCUUUAAUUCCGCAACAACAGCAACAACAACAAUUACCAUUAAAGUUUAUACCACAAAGGCAGCAACAGUUCCCAUCGGCUUUAUCAGUGAGAAAUCAAUUGCAAAGACCACAGCAACCACCGUUACCUAUUCAGAGUUUGCCUGAUCUAUCGCAACGAACACCGUCUACUGCUUUCGGUCCUCCUCAUCGUAUUAGUAUAAAUCAUCCUCAACAGCCAGGACUUCCACCAACGCUGUCGGUUUCUCAUCAAAGCGUGCAAUUGCAAAAUCAGCCGCUUGGACCUAUUCAACCUAAUUUCCAUGUGGAACGAAAACAACCUCAGCAGCAACAGCAGCAGCAGCAGCAACAGCAACAACAACAGCAACAACAGCAACAACAACAACAACAACCACAACAACAACAGCCUCCGGUAUUUUCACAACAAGAACAAGAGAAACAACGGUAUCAUGAACAGCGACGUCAGCAAGAGGCAUUGAAGCAACGUGAACAUCAACGGCAACGCGAACAGCAAAGACUUCAGGAACAUCGUAGACUCGUAGAAUUACAACGACAAUUCGAUCAACAGAGGCAUAUAGAACAACAAAGACAGGUUGAACAACAGAGACAAGUGGAACAGCAAAGAUUGGCGGAUCAGCAAAGACUCGUCGAACAACAGCGAUACGCGGAACAACAAAGAUUGACGGAACAACAGAGACUGGCGGAAGAACAAAGACUGCUGGAGCAGCAGAGAUUGGCUGUUGAACAGCAAAGGCUACAGGAACGUCAAAGAUUGCAUGAACAGCAUCGAAUUCAAGAACAAAGAAGACGUAAACAAGAACACGAACAAAGACUCUUGCAAGAGCAACAAUAUCGUACAUCUUUGAAGUACAAUCAGGCUAUUCCAUCGCAAGGUGGUAUUCCAGGUCAACCUCCAUUACCUAUUCAAAAGCCAGAAGGAGAAAUCUUUAAGGCCGUACCAAAGUUGGAACAACAUUAUGCGAUCAGAGAGAAUCCGUUACAUCCAGGCCCGUUCCCACCAAAUACAGUACAAUUUCCAGAAAGUUCGUUGAAUCAGUACCAGGCAACGCAUCAAUUAAACACUUUACAGGAUUCCCGACAAAUCGCGGGAGGUCAAUCGAAUCGAAUUUUAAACGACGAAGUACCACGACAGAUACAACAACAAAUUGAAAAUCAACAAGUUCCCUCGGGUCAUCGACAUUUAACGUUCAAUUCUGAUUCGUUAGGACAUCAACAGACGCAAUUGUCGUUGACACCAUCCGUAAGCACUCAACAACAACAUCGUCAAAGGGAACAACAAUCUUUUUGGGGACGUUCACCUUCACCAAACAAUGAUGUACAAAAGUCCCAAACGAUUUACGCAACACCAGUUAGUAUCCCUUCUGAAUUCGGAUCAUCCACCGGUAGGAUAUCCUACAGAAAUGGUCCGACAAUUUCUAGCAGUACUACGACAACGACGACGACAACAACUACGACCACAACCACAACCGAAGCACCAACGACAACUACUCUUUCACCGAAAAACGAAGCCAAGAUCAAGGAGAACAUUGCAAAUUUACCAGACGAAGUGCCAGACGAUAUAAGGGAACAACUUUUGAGUUCCGGUAUUUUGGGUAACGCUGACAUACAAAUACUUGAUUACGACAAGGUCGGUGGCAUACCAAUCGAGAAACUACCGCCCGAGGCAUUGGCAAAUUUCUACGGUGCUGGAGGUGGUUCCGCAGUGGCAGCGAGCGAGCCAAUACCGUCUAUCAUUAAAAAACCUGAAAUAUCAUUGUCGAAUGAAGACAACAUUUCUUCUGGCACGUCCGAAAGCGUUACUUCUUUAUCGAAAUACGAACCACCUAAUAAGGAAAUGAUGGAGAGCACGAUCAUGGGAAGGACCAAGAUCGAACAGGCCACUUUGAGGCCAGGUGGUGUAGAAAUGAAAGUAGUACGAUUCGAUCCAAGUACGGAGCAAGGCCGAGCAGUGGCCGAGCAACAUAUACGUGCUGACGCGACCAGACUCGAACCGGUCACUAUAGGUCCGGAAAAUCAUGACCAAUACAAUCGUUAUUUACCGCUUAAAGUAAGCGGUGCCUCGUUUCCUAUACCAGAUGUGCCCGAUCUAAAAGGACGAAAAAUAACGAGCGUGGUCGUAUUAGCGCCUGUUGACUAUCAUUUUCAGGAAAAGGAUAAAGGUCUUGAGACGAGGGAGGACAGAAAGAUCGACGACAUACAGGCUGUUAAAUUUUUAGCUGGCGAUACGCUCAAGCAACUCGUUAAAAAGCCUACCGUCGAUAAUUAUAAAAAGUGGUUGGAACAGGAAACUCGUACCGAACCUCAGAGACAAUCUGUUGUAUUAUUAAUCACCAUGCCGUCCAAUGAUCAAAGUAAAAACGACAAGGAAAUAUUCAUGUACGAUGUUAAUUCCCAAUCGGUUAGCAAAAUGUCGGGGGAUUUAUCGACGGCCUUUGUCGAUGCUGCCGAAAGCAAUUCAGACAGUACCGAUGACUUUUCUGGAUUUUAAACGAUCGAUCAUAAUUAAUCUAUCCUUUAACGGUCUAUAUCGCUCCUGUUUAACGUCUUUGAUUAGGAUCUAAUCACGAAGUUGAAUCGAUUAAUAACAUCGACCAUUGAGAUUUGUCAAUAUUAUUUUGUACCUUAUAUUUCGUUCUUUUUCUUUUUCUUUUUCUUUUUCUUUCUUUCUUUCUUUCUUUCUUUCUUUUUUUAUUAUUAUUUUUCUUUUUUCUUUUUAUUCUCUACACGUAUUAUAUACAAUCGUAAUAAUAACGUAUGUAUAUGUGCAUGUACAUAUGAGAGAGCAAGAGCGAACUAUCGAAUCGAGGAUGAUGAUUUCAUGCGGAUAACGAAGCAAAAGCGAAAGUCCUGUAAGCUAGAAAUAGAAAACGUAAGGAAAGUUACACGUGAGGAAUACACGGCACCUGGCAACGACGGCCAUUUCUAGGAUGACGAAUCACCAUGUUCGAGAAAUAUAUUUUUAUUAAAAGGAAAAAGGAAGGCAAAAAAACCACACACGCGCACGAGAAAAAAUGAAAGAAAAUACACAAAAAAAAAAAAAAAAGGAAAACACAAGGAAAAAAGAAAACCAUCCCAGGGAAAAAGGAAAAAAGAAAAAAAAAGAAGAAACAAAACAAAAAAAAAACAAAAAAAAAAAAACAAGUAAAAGAGGAACGUCCCGAGAUAUUUCACACAACAGAUGGUGAAACGAUUAUGAUAAACAUAUCACGGAACAUGACAUGAGGAUAAUGAGAGUACAUACUCCUUGUAGAUAUAUUAACGAUGUAUGAUUAUGUAUAUAACGCUGAUCUUUUUUUUACAUUUUUAUACGAAAUAAACGCAAUCCUUUUGUACGUGGAUAUUGUUAAUUUUCUAUGAAUACUAUGAAAGGAUCGAACGAAAGUGAGAUCUUCUCACGCAGCGCACAUAUACACAUAUAUACCCGCAUAAGGACGCAUACAGGCAACCCUAUCAAACCAUUUCCCAUCCCACCUUCACUCUCUCCCUUCCUCCUUCUUCGAUCUCGGUGAAUGGAUUAAUUUGAAAUUCUAUGAAAUCGCAUACAAAUAUUGCAAAUAUUGCAAGCAAUCAAACUUCUAUUUUCUAUAGGUUCAUUUCGUCUUGGCUCGUGAACUUGACGAAUAAAGAGACCAUCUUCAUUAGACUUUCAUCGUUUCUACGUCGGUAUAGACGAGUUACAUGAUUGAUAAAAAGAAUUUAUAAUAAUAGUAAUAAUAAUAAUAAUAAUAAUAAUAGUAAUAAUAAUAAUACAAUUAACAGAGUAAUAGUGGUAGUAGUAAUAGUAGUAAUAAAAAAAAAAAAAACAUGUUAGAAAGUUUUAAUUUCUCGCGUUUUUAAAAACGCUACGACGCUAGUCAAAUUGAAUGAAUCGAUACUUACGAAUGAAAUAUCGAUUGAGAUCGAGAUCGUAAUCUGUUGAAGAAAUAAUAAUUAUAAUAAUAAUAAUUAUAAUAAUAAUAAUAAUAAUAAUAAUAAUAAUAAUAAUAAUAAUAAUAAUAAUAAUAAUAAUAAUAAUAAUAAUACAAUCUACAGAGUUGUAGUACUAGUUGUAGUAUUAGUUGUAGUAUUAGUAGUAGUAGUAGUAGUAGUUGUAGUUGUAGUAGUAGUAAUAAUAGUAAUUGUAGUAGUAGUAGUAGUAGUAGUAGUAGUAAUAAUAGUAGUAGUAUUAAGAAAAACAUGAUAGUAUCUUUGAACUUCGCGGACUUUUGAAAACACUAUGAUGCUAAUCAAAUUAAAUGAAGAACCGAUACUUACGAAUGAAAUAUCGAUCGAGAUUUCAAGAUCGUGAUCUAUCGGAUAGACUUUCUGCGAUAAGAGAAGACAAUAUGACGUAAAUUUAUUUUUUAUAAUUGCACUACAUUUAAAUGAUCAUACACAUGUGAAAACUUUUAAUUACAUGUAUAGUGCACAUCGUUAUAAAACAAGCAAUUACACGUAAUAUUUCUAUUAAUUUUUUUCCAAAAAGAUUUUCUCGAGGAGGCAGACAGACAGAGACGGAGAAAUGGAAUGAUCUCUUAACGAGAAAAAGAAAGAUAGAGAUAGAAAUAAAAGGAUAGAAAGAGAGAGAGAGAGAGAGAGAGAGAGAGAGAGAGAGAGAGAGAGAGACAGA